AUGAAGAGGAUUUUACUCGUGGCGUCCGUGGUCGGGUUGUGCGCCUUUGCUCUGGCGGCGAAAACGGAGGACGAGAAGAAACCAGAGUCCGAUGACGGCAAAAACCAAGGCAAGAGAGGCAUUUUUGACACCGGCUAUGGAUACGGCUCCAGUGGUUUCGGCCACGAGCUGACCGGUCAUGACUUCCACCACGAACCACAAGUACUGUCCAAGACCAUCAUCAAGGAGGUUGCCCAACCGUACCCAGUCGAGGUCGAGAAACACGUACCAUACCCUGUAAAGGUCGAGGUGCCAGUCGACCGCCCUUACCCAGUGCACGUGCCCAAGCCAUACCCAGUGCACGUCGACAAGCCCGUCCCGUACGAAGUCAAAGUGAAGGUACCCCAACCGUACACCGUCUACAAACAGGUUCCUUAUGAAGUCAAGGUACCCGUCGACAAACCUUACACCGUCCACGUUCCCAAACCUUACACCGUUUACGUGGAGAAGCGCGUCCCUUACGAGGUCACCAAGCACGUACCAUAUGAAGUUAAGGUUCCUGUUGAUAAGCCGUACACCGUACACGUACCGGUAACGAAACACGUACCGUAUACCGUCGAGAAGCCGGUGCCUUACCCGGUCAAGGUUCCUGUGGAUCGCCCGUACCCGGUGACAGUCGAGAAACACGUGCCGUAUCCUGUAGACAAACCAGUGCCGUAUACGGUCGAGAAAGCAGUGCCGUACCCUGUCAAAUUUCCCGUCAAAGUCGAAGUACCUGUUCCAUACGAAGUACCGCACCACCAUGAAGAACACUCGUACGGUGGACACUCCUUCAGCGAACACGGAAGCCACAGUUAUUAA